CCAAGUCAAUUCCCACCAUCUCCCCAUUAAUCCUCAUCCUCCUCUAAAGUCUAACUCUGCUACAAUCCCCUAAAUUAUACCAAAAACCACAAAACCAAAAAAAAAAAAAAAAAUUAAAUCACAAUUUUACACAUCAGUGCCCUCACUACAAUUCACCAAUUAUUGUUCAGAUCUACUGCUCAUACCUCAUAUAGCUCAAAACCCAAUUUAGUUUUUUUCUUUUUUAAGAAUGGAGGGGAAUUCAGGCGGUGGUGGUGGUGGUGGUGGAGGUAGCGGUGGAGCAGGAGCUGGAGGCGGAGGCGGAGGUGGAGGAGGUGGAGGUGGAGGUGGAGGAGGAGGAAUAGGAAACGACGUGGAGUUGCUUUGUAAAACGCUGCAAGUUGAACACAAGUUGUUCUACUUCGAUCUCAAGGAAAACCCUCGAGGCCGUUAUCUCAAGAUCUCCGAGAAGACCUCCGCCACUAGGUCCACCAUCAUCGUCCCUUUCUCCGGCAUUUCCUGGUUCCUUGAUCUCUUCAAUUACUACGUCAAUUCCGAAGAUCAAGACGUCUUCAGCAAGGAAUUGCAGCUCGAUACCAAGGUGUUUUACUUCGACAUUGGCCAAAAUCGGAGAGGUCGUUUCUUGAAGGUAUCUGAAGCCUCUGUAAGUAGAAAUCGCAGUACAAUCAUUGUUCCUGCAGGAAGCACCCGGGAUGAAGGGUGGGCAGCAUUUAGGAACAUUUUGGCAGAAAUCAAUGAAGCAUCAAGGCUUUUCAUACUGCCGAAUCAGCCAAGUUCUGAAUCUUCAGAACGUCUUGUUGGGCUUUCUGAUGAUGUAGGUGCUGGCUUCAUUUCUGGUCACAGUAGUCAACCUGCCCCAAGUUCUGACUUGAACGUGGACAGAUCAGUCGAAUUGCCGGCACAAGAUGAAAUAGGUAACAUGGGGGUUUCAAAAGUAAUUAGAGCUGACCAGAAGAGAUUCUUCUUUGAUCUUGGGAGCAAUAACAGAGGCCAUUUCUUAAGGAUAUCUGAGGUUGCCGGUUCCGAUCGGUCCUCCAUCAUUCUCCCAUUGUCAGGGUUGAAGCAGUUCCACGAAAUAGUGGGCCACUUUGUGGAGAUUACCAAAGACCGAAUUGAAGGAAUGACAGGCGCAAAUGUUCGGACGGUGGAUCCUCCUCAAAGAUGAAGAUGAAUGCUAGUCAUGGGUUUGGUGAUAAAACAAAUAAAUUUAUUUUGUCAAGGUUGUUUUAGAGCCACAGAUAGGUGUUUGAUUAGAUGUGCAAUUAUGCUCUCAGUUGUGCUCUGUUAUUUUCUUCUCUUCCUUUGUUCUCUCAUUCAAGUUUGAAAAUAAUCAAAUUUCUGUUUGAUCAACAGAAGUUUCGAAGAUGCUUUGCCAAGCGUAGUUUCGAACAGGAAAUAACAGAAAAAGAAAAAGAAAAAAAAAAUUGUUAUUGUCAGCUUGAUAGUGUGGCACCACGUUACAUUAUAUUAAUAAUGCUCAUUCAAGAUGUGAUUUCUUU